AUGUCAGAGAAACUAUCUAGUGACAUUCUACGGGAGAUAUUUAGUCAAUUUGAUAAAGACCCAGGCAAAUCCCGUAAACAUGUAGUGAGAGAACGCCGAGACUUGCUCUCGUGUGCGUUGGUGAAUCGUCAAUGGUGUGAAGUUGCUAUUCCACUUCUAUGGCGUAGAACUUUCUUUCAACUACGGGAAAGUUAUAGUCCGAUACCACCCAAUCCAAAACUUAUCGAUGCGUAUUUUUAUCAUUUGAAUGAUACGGAACGGAUGAAUUUAUUAUCUCAUGAUUUUAUCCUCCCCAACUAUAAUAAUGAAGAUAGCGAUAAAGACAACUACAGUAACGAUGAUGAUAAUAAAUUACAUUCACACUUCAAUUAUCCUUCGUAUUUGCGCCAUUUGGAUUUCUCAUUGAUGUUACAUUCAGUAGAGGAGUGGUGUCUACGUAGAGUUCAACGACGACCACGAUACGAAUACCUGAAUUCAGAAGAUUCAAGCGACGACAGUUUAUUCGACUAUGACGAUGACAAUUCAAGAUUCUAUAAUAAUAAACUUGUCCACGUGCAUAGUGAACAACAAUUCGCCCGACUUUCGUUGAAGAAACGAGUAAAGUUGUUAACCCCAGCAGUGACGCGUAUACUAUUACGCAUAUUUAAACGUAAUUCUGCGGUUAUUAAUACUCUGCAAUGUUGCGGGGAACGAGUUGAUCACGAUGAGGAUUAUUUGAUAAUUGCAGAGCCUGAAUUCGCUGAAUUUUUCUCCAGCGUCAGAAAAGUGAUUUUGGAUUCUCCGUUUUACUUGGAUAGAGUUCUUCUCUGUUUGUCGAUAGCAUGCAAAGAUUUGGAAGAUAUAGAUGUUUCCUUUUUCCACCGAAGAGGCCGCAACAAACCAAUUGCUCCAACGAGUUGGUACCUCUCCAGCUACGAGGUGAAAAACGUUACCACACUAAUAGAAUCCCAAAAAAAUCUUAAAACUCUAAUAAUUAGAUACUGUGAAAUAACCGAUCUUGUAAACCAUGUAAUGCCCUCGUUCAAAUCUCAAGCAAGCACAUUACGUCGACUUAUUCUUCAUAAUGUGCUUGAGCGACUACAUAAAAAUAAUGCCUUGUUCCGAUGUUGUGCCGUGGUUGGAAGUGUCGUUUCCUGA